AGUAUGUUGUAUGCAGUGUAUUGCAUCAUCAGCUCCUGUGUCCAGUAGCGUUAGCCAGUAGCUUCUCUCUAUUCAUUUCGUCCGGUGGUUGAGUUGAGUUGAGUUGAGUCGCUCAUCAACUCACUCUCCCCCAAUUCCUCCCCCCUCUCUACAUUUCGUCUCUCUCUACAAAAUCCACAACAUCGUCAAACUACACUACUACUCCACGGCAGGAACUUCAAGCUUCUCUUGAGCUCCCCCAAUCCUCUCUCUCCCCCAAUCUCUCUCUCUCUCUCUCUCUCUCUCUCUCUGCAGAAACUUCAAGCUUCUCUUGAGCUCCCCCAAUCCUUUCUCUCUCUCUCUCUCUCUCUCUCUCUCCCUCUGCAUCUCUCUCCCCCCCCUCUCUAAUUUCACUCUCCCUUAAAUCUCUCUCUCCCUCUCUAGUCUCUCCCCAGCCACACCCAACAUAAUUCUCCGCUCCUCAUCCUAAUUUGCUACUCAGUGUUUGCUUUAAACUCACUUACAUUCUUACCAAUGUUUCCAGGAAAAUGAGAGAUAUGCGCCACAUUUACUGGCAUACAGCUGAGCGAUUCCUAAUGAAGCGCUGCUCUCCUUUCCAGUUGAUUGUGUCCAUAUUCACAGUACUUGUUCUUCUGCCUCAGAGUUUUGGUGAUUUGAAUUCUGAUCAACAAGCUCUUCUUGCAUUUGCUGCUGCUGUUCCCCAUGGUCGAAAGCUGAACUGGAAUUCUUCCACCUCUAUCUGCACAACUUGGGUAGGCAUCACUUGCACUCCAGAUGGUGCUCAUGUACUCACGGUUCGACUCCCUGGUGUUGGCCUUAUUGGGAAAAUUCCACCCAACACGCUUGGAAAACUAGAUUCUUUAAGUAUUAUUAGCCUCCGAUCAAAUGCCCUUGAUGGAAGCAUACCGUCUGAUAUUGCUUCCCUCCCCUCCCUCCGCAACCUUUUUCUCCAAAAUAACAACUUUUCUGGUGAUAUUCCAACCUCUUUUUCUUCCCAACUCAGCAUACUGGAUCUUUCAUUCAAUUCCCUAACUGGCAACAUACCACUGUCUAUACAGAACUGGACAGGACUUACUGCAUUAAGCCUUCAGAAUAACUCGCUUUCUGGACAUAUCCCCAAUAUCACCCUUCCCGGACUAAGGCGCUUGAAUUUAAGUAAUAACCAUCUAAAUGGAUCUAUUCCAUCCUCCCUCCAAGGGUUCCCGAAUUCCUCGUUUGUGGGAAACACUUUCUUAUGCGGGCCACCACUUGUUGCUUGCUCACCUGUAGUUCCUGUACGUCCUCCACCUUCGCCAACCAUUUCUCCACCUGUUCCACAAGUGCCCAAAAAAGAAAGCUCUAAAAAGAAAAUUAGUUUAGGUGCUAUUAUUGCUAUUGCAGCUGGAGGGGCUGUGCUUCUGUUUCUUCUAAUUUUAAUCAUAUUUCUGUGCUGCUUAAGGAAAAAGGGGAGUGACGGCGAACGCGUUACGAAGGGGAAGUCUGCUACUGGUGGAAGGAGUGAGAAACCUAAGGAGGAGUUUGGCAGUGGAGUGCAAGAGCCGGAAAAGAACAAGCUGGUUUUCUUUGAAGGCUGUUCUUAUAAUUUUGAUCUUGAGGAUUUGUUGAGGGCUUCAGCUGAAGUGCUUGGAAAGGGAAGUUAUGGGACUGCAUAUAAAGCUGUCCUGGAGGAGUCAACAACUGUGGUAGUAAAACGAUUGAAAGAAGUAGUGGUGGGAAAAAAAGACUUUGAGCAGCAGAUGGAUGCCAUUGGAAGAGUUGGGCAGCAUCCAAAUGUGGUGCCCCUCCGUGCUUAUUAUUACUCAAAAGACGAGAAACUUCUAGUCUAUGAUUAUAUCCCCAACGGUAGCUUGUCCAUGCUAUUGCACGGAACUAGGGGUGCCGGGAGAACUCCACUAGACUGGGUAACCAGGAUUAAAAUAGCUCUUGGAGCUGCAAGAGGUAUAGCCCACAUCCAUUCUGCAGGUGGUGGUAAAUUUACUCACGGAAACAUCAAGUCCUCAAAUGUUCUUCUCAACCAAGACCUAGACGGCUGUGUCUCUGAUAUCGGGUUAGCACCUCUAAUGAACUUCCCUGCCACUCCAUCUCGGCAUGUAGGGUAUCGUGCCCCAGAGGUGAUUGAAACACGCAAGCACAGUCAUAAAUCAGAUGUAUAUAGCUUUGGCAUCCUCCUGCUCGAGAUGUUGACCGGAAAACAACCAAUUCAGUCACCAACUCGGGAUGAUAUGGUUGAUCUCCCAAGGUGGGUACAGUCAGUGGUGAGAGAAGAAUGGACAGCUGAAGUAUUUGAUGUAGAAUUGAUGAGAUAUCAAAACAUAGAAGAAGAGAUGGUGCAAAUGCUGCAAAUUGCAAUGGCAUGUGUUGCAAGGGUGCCAGACAUGAGACCAAACAUAAAUGAAGUGAUUAGAAUGAUAGAAGAGAUUCGGCAAUCUGACUCAGAGAACCGGCCAUCUUCAGAAGAGAACAACAAAUCCAAGGACUCAAAUGUGCAGACCCCCUGAUUUCCUUGCAAGUCCAUUGAAUCUAAUUGCAAUGUCAGUUUAAAAUUUAUUUGAUUUCACAUGAUAGUAAGAUUCUGUCAAGAGAGUGAAGUUUGUCCAGUUUUUUCAUUAUGUUUUUUUUUCAGUGGUUUGGUCAAAUUAGGGAGAGGUAGCAUGUCAUAAUACUAUUUGUUGUAAUAAUUACAAUGUAAGCAAUUCUAUUUGAUUGAACAUUAACAAAAAACAAAA